AUGAAGGUCCUGGCAGCCUCUCUGCUCGCCCUGCUCCUCAUGGCCUCCUGCUCCCCUUCCGAGGCCCAUCUCGACGGCGUCCCUCCCACCUGCUGCUUCACCUACCAACAACGUCCCAUCCCUCUUCGCCUCAUUGACUCCGCCUUCAUCACCAGCAGCACAUGCACCAACCCGGGGGUGAUAAUGGUCACCAAGAAGGGGAGGCAGCUGUGUGUGGAUCCCCAGGAACCCUGGGUGCAGGAGCGCCUGAAGCACUUCCAGACCCCAAAGAACUGACCUGAUCCUUCCUCACUGCCACUCGUGAUGCCCACAGUCCCACCCCUGCGUGGCCUCCAGCCUCAGGCACACAAGAGAGCCCCUGACCUGCAGCCUCCUUCAAGGGGGAAAAUUGUUUUAUUUAACUUAUUUA